AAUUGUCAACUUUCCUGAAUGAAAACACAGCACAUCUCAAGAUCAUAAGGAAAAAGAAAAAAAACAGAGAGAAAAUCUUCAAAUUUAAACCUUAAACUAUCAAUUUGUUCGAUGAUUCAAAGAUUUGAACGGAAUGAUCGCCGGAUUUUGACAUUUCCGGCAGUCCAUCCAUGUGAGGGGAUAUCUCCAGCUACCCUUUUGGAUUCUUUGAUUACUUUGUCUCGAAACAUAUGCAAUUACAAAUCGAAUUUCUUUGCAACUCAACGAAGAAAUGUUCGCGAAACCAUUAGGCAAGUGGGAAUCCUCUUGAUUUUUUUCGAGGAAAUCAAGGAUCAUCUUCCUAGUAAUAGAGAUUCCACUGUUCUUUGUUUUGCAGAACUCCACACAACAUUCCAAAAGCUAAAGUUUUUAUUAGAUGAUUGCACGCGUGAGGGGGCGAAAACUUGGAUGCUUAUGAAAGCCCACUCUGUAGCGAGUCAAUUUCGAGUUUUAGUUAGAACAGUGGCUACAGCACUUGAUGUUCUUCCUUUGAAUUCUCUUAAUAUUUCCAGAGAAAUCAAGGAAUUGGUCCUAAUGGUGUCCAAUCAAGCACAGAAAGCAAAAAUGGAGCUCGACCCCGAAGACGAAGAUGCCACGAAGAGAGUAAUUGUGAUUGUGAACCAAUUUGAGAAUAAAUUCCAGCCUGACCCCUGUGUAAUCAAGAAAUUUCUGGAUUAUCUUGAUAUCACAACUUGGUCACAAUGUCACAAGGAGAUUAAAUUCUUGGAGGAAGAGAUUAAUUUUGAAUCUUCUGAGAAUCACGAAAGGGAAGUGCCUAUGUUAAGCGGUUUAGUAGGAUUAUUGAGCUACUGCAGAGGAAUUCUCUUUGAAGACUCUGUUUAUGGGAACAGUGAUCAAUCAGAUGGAACAUCCAAUCUUGAAACUUUAACUUGCUUGAAUCCUGAGGAUUUUAGGUGCCCCAUUUCUCUCGAACUGAUGACGGAUCCUGUAACAGUGUCCACGGGGCAGACAUAUGAUCGCGCUUCCAUUCAAAAAUGGCUCAAAGCAGGAAAUCUCCUCUGUCCCAAAACAGGGGGGAUACUACAAAGCACAGAGUUAGUUCCUAAUUCAACUCUCCGGAAGCUUAUUCAACAAUUCUGCUUUGAUAAUGGAAUAUCCAUAACUAAAUCAAGGAAGACAAAUCGUGAUAUAUCGCGGACUAUUUUGCCAGGAAGUCCAGCAGCUGCUGAAGCAAUCAAAUUCCUCUCCGAAUUUCUUGCUGGCAGGCUAUAUUUUGGAUCAGAUCAGCAGAAAUCCAAGGCUGCUUAUGAAAUUCGUUUACUGGCAAAAUCAAAUAUUUUUAACCGUUCCGUGUUAAUUGAAGCUGCAAGCAUCCCCGCACUCUUACAAAUGCUUAGCACAAAUGAUCCAUCUAUGCAAGAGAACUCAAUUUCCGCCUUGCUCAAGCUAUCGAAACAUUCCCAAGGAAAGAAAGUGAUAGUGGAGAAUCGGGGCCUGAAUUCGAUUCUAGAUGUUCUUAAAAAUGGCCUAACUAUGGAAGCUAAGCAAACUGCAGCUGCGAUAAUUUUCUACAUCUCUUCACCUCGCGAAUACCGCAAGCUGAUAGGCGAAAAUCCUGAAGUAUUUCCAGCUUUGGUGGGACUAAUCGAAUACGGUACAAGUUGUGGGAAAAAGAAUGCGAUUGUUGCAAUAUUCGGGCUACUUUUGAGUCACAGUAACCAUGAGAGAGCACUUGGUGCUGGAACAAUUCCAGCACUAGUCAAUCUUUUAGCUUCUUCAGAUAAAGUUGAACUAAACACAGAUGCACUCGCGGUUUUAGCUACAUUAGCCGAAAGAACUGAAGGGUCUUUUGCGAUUUUAGAAGCCUCAGCGUUACCAGUAAUCUUGAGUCAAUUACAGAAUAUAACAUCUCGAGCUGGAAAAGAGUAUUGUGUUUCUAUUUUGUUUCUUUUAUGCAUCAAUAGUGGUGCCGAGGUAAUAGCCGCUCUGGUAAGAGAGAAACAGCUUAUGCCGCUUCUUUAUUCACUUUUGACAGAAGGAACCAGCCAAGCAAAGAAGAGGACACGAUCACUUAUCAGAAUUCUGCAGAGAUUUUGUGAAACAAGCACUUCUAGGUUUGUGAGUGAAGUUCCACAAGAACAAUUUAUUGAUGUAAGGUGAAAGGUUGAAGGAUUUAAUUUUUGAAUCUUCCGAUUCUCCAUGUAACUAUCUUGAUCCCUGAGUCCUGAUUGUUGUAGUUACUUGUGUCAUGUUUAGCUCCUUCUUUUUUUUUAGGAGCUAAAUGCAGUUGAUUUAGGAACUUAGACUUGAAUAAAUUUGUAUACAAUUCUUUGGUGUGAUGAUAAUGAAUUUAAUCUUGUAUGAUAA